GUCGUGUGUGAAGGCUAGGUAUUUGUGUAAUGUGGCUUUGAUGGGAACGUGGAAGUAGGCGUCGGAUAGGUCGAUUGACGUCAUCCAAGCAGGAGGUGAUAGCAUGUCUGCCAGAAUGGAGUGGUUCGACAUAUGGAAGCGGGGGGAGUGUAUGUGCUUGUUGAGCUGCGUGAGAUUUAUUAUGAAACGGAGGCCCCCAGUCUGCUUGGGAACCAAGAAGACGCGUGAUAGGAAGCAAGGUUGUGGAGAGACUUGGUAUAUUGCCUGUUUUGAAAGGAGAUCAGUGACCGCAGGAGACAGGUCGGGAUUUGGAGUGGAAUCGAGGUAGGUGGGGGUGCAGAGCUGUGGAGCUUGCGACUGCCAGGUCCAGUGGAAACCCUUUUUGAUGAUGUUGAAGAUGCUUCUGGAAGCCGAUCGCCAUUGAGAGGGUCAAAUCCCAGUGAUCAGUGAGGAGAAUGUAGACCCAGAGGUUGCAGUAGCAGCAAGAGAGAGGGAGAGGCAGGAGAGGAGGAGGUUAAUUCUGCUACAACAACAACAACAACAACAACAACAACAACAACAACAACAAUUGGCCAGUGAGGAAGGGGAGGGUCUCUCUUCAGACACAAAGGAUAAUGUGUUGUUUAGAGUAAGUUGUAGUGGUGGUGGUGGUGAUGGUGGGUGUGGAGAGGGUAGUGAUUCACUCUGACUUGAGAGCAGCAAUACAAGCCCUCCAUCACUGCCACCCAAUGGACAACAUCACCCUUACCUCAUGGGCUCACUCUUUACAAAAGAAACAGUGCUACAGACUACCCAACAACCAUCAACUGGGUCCUGAGUUACGCUGGCAUACAUGGAAACGAGGAUGCAGACGAAGCAGCCAGACUUGCCACGUGGCUCCCAGGACACACCUCCCAUUGAGCCUCUCGACCAUCAGGGCCACACUCUGUUGCACUGUGCACUACUCCAUCACCAUGGAGUUAGACCAGUGGACAGUGCAGGGCACACAUGGUACUUGCUGGUAUGCUGAGACAACAGAAUGCAGCACACCACCACCACCACCUGCCACAGACUAUUGCUUGAUGAUGGCAAUUCACCAUCUGUGCCUUGGGUACUGCUGUAUCAAGCAUGUGGACAGUAACCAACAGGAGAGGGAGUGCCAGGCAUGUGGAGACACCACCAAAGAACUGCUGCUCCACUACCUCCUUGAAUGCCCAGUUACAGCAGGUAACCUGGCCCACAAAAGAGAACACACAGCACUGGGAUUAGUUGCUGCAACUCCCACCCACCAGCUCCUGGCCUUGGCAUGAGACAAUUCACUGCCCAGAUAGGGAAUAAUGUACUGCAACACUGAUCUGCUAUCUGUAUGACAGUCCAUGUCCCCCAGCCAGGGGGCAACUUAUGAAGAAGUCCAUGGCACUGAUCACUAAGUCCAUUCUGGUUACCUGAUGUAAGAUAGUUUAUUCCCCCUAUAUCUCUUUCAAAUUUAACUUUAUCAAGCUUGAAUCCAUUUAUUUAUUUUUUUCCUUUUGCAGUUCUUCUCAUGUUUAUAAUAGAUUGUUGGUUCUCAUCAGUAUUUUUCAUAGAUUCUCUCUCUCUCUCUCUCUCUCUCUCUCUCUCUCUCUCUCUCUCUCUCUCUCUCUCUCUCUCUCUCUCUCUCUCUCUCUCUCUCUC